AUGGCUCCGAUGCAGCAUCAUCCCCACCACGCGCAGCAGGGCCCUCCUCCCCAUCACCUUCAGCAGCCGCGACCCUCGAGCAUUGUACAUCAGCAACAUCAUCAGCAACAGGCUCCUCCUCCUCAAGCUCAACAUUCCAACGCAUACCCUCCCUCCCACGGUCUACCCCAAUACACACAGCAGAGCGCGCCUGGGCCUGGAGGACAGCAUCCACAGGAGGGUUUGCCAUACUACUCGACGCACCCAAGUCCAUAUAGUACUCCCAGCGCGUCAGGAACCUAUUCUUCAGCUGCACCAGAGACUCCAGACAUAAUGGCAGCGGCUCAGAUGGGGUCGCGUCCAUAUCCCCCAAUCUCAUACCAUACUCCGCAGUCGAAUUCUCCAGCGUCAGUCGCGUCGCCUUCAGCUCACGAUCAACGGCACAACAUGUAUGGCGCGCCUGCUUCGCAGCUGCAACAAAAUCCGCAGAUGUACUAUGGAGGGCCUCAACAACCCCAAUACCCACCACCGAUGCCGCCACAAGGAAAUCCAUCUCCAUAUGGCGCGCCACAUCCACAACAACAUCAGCAGCAGCAACAACAACACCCUGCGAUGACUUCGCAGCCAAACUUGUUAAUGUCGCACACUCCAAACCAACAUCAGAUGCAGCAGCAACAGCAGCAGCACCCGGGCCAACACGCACAGCAAAGUAUAAACGGCAGUCCAAGAACAAAGAUGGAACCGCAUGUGCCACAGAUGAACCGUCAGCCCACCGCGCCCUUGGGACCCCCUCAACAUCCUACAAACGGGGCUCAAAUGCAACAGCAGCAGAACAACAAUGUUCCAGGGGCGGGUGGUGUCAACCCCAAUGCCGCGCCGGGUCCAAUUCCUGCAACCACGCCUUUGGUCGUACGCCAAGACAACAACGGUGUUCAAUGGAUCGCAUUUGAAUAUUCUCGCGAUCGCGUCAAGAUGGAAUACACAAUUCGGUGCGACGUGGAAUCUGUCAAUGUUGAUACCUUGACCCCAGAGUUCAAAACGGAGAAUUGCGUGUAUCCACGCGCUUGCUGCAGCAAAGAUCAGUACCGAGGCAAUCGCUUAGUGUACGAGACCGAGUGUAACACAGUCGGCUGGGCUUUGGCUGAAUUGAACCCCUGUCUGCGCGGGAAACGAGGCUUGAUCCAAAGAGCGGUCGACAGCUGGAGAAAUAGCAAUCAAGAUCCUCGACUACGAAGUCGACGCGUUCGAAGAAUGGCAAAGAUCAAUAACCGCAAGGCGAACAGCCAGACUCCAACUCACCCUCCUCACAUGUCCGGCCCCGCAGGACCAACUGGGAUGCCACCCGCUCAAAACAUGGGCCCUGGCAGCGGAAGCAUGCCAAAGCCAAACAUGGGUGGUCCAAUGGGACCUGGUAUGCACCACCACCACGCUCAUCAAGAUGGAAGUGCACAAGCAGGUGAUGAAGUCGGUGAAGAUGAUUACUCCGAUGAAAAUACUCACCACCACCAUCAAGCUCCUAAUGGCACUCCAGGAAGUGGUGAUGAUGUUAGACAAGCUCAUGCGUAUCCAGGCCAACCCGGGUCUUAUCCUCCAAGUCAGAAUGUAGGUGGUGCUUCCGUAGCUCCUUCCAUGUAUGCGCAACAUGUUGGUCCUGGUUCUUCACAAAGUGGCCCGAUUACUGCAUCGUCGAGGUCUCAUGCAAAGGCAGAACUUGAUGAAGAAGAGCGGAUUUUGUUAUUUGGUGAUAUUCCAGUGGCGAAGAAACGAAAGUUUAUUGUCGUUGACGAUCCAACCAAAGGUGCUAGGACACGAGUGAGGGUCACGCUUGACACCGUUGACAUCAAGGAGAUUCCAGAUUCUUUUCGAAGAAGUAAUUCGGUUUACCCUCGAAGCUGGUUUCCACUGGAGAUGCAAAGCCCGCCUCCUAGCGCAAGAGGUAGUCGAUUCUUUGAAAAUGAAGAUUAUGACGAUGCGGUUGAGGUCGAAGCCUCUGGUAGCUCACGUGGUGGGCGCAAAGAACGCGGCCGGAACACUACGAAAGUGCCACUGGCUGAUGGUGGGGAAGGAGAAGUUGAAAUUCCUAGGAUAAGACGAAGUGUUCGUACCAAAGAAGUUCGACUCAACGAUUUGGGUUACAGGAUGACAUGGCAUCAGAGUAGAGUGUUUGCGGAUAAGACGGUGUUUUUGCAGAAAGCUUUGGACGCCUACCGCAACAAAGUACGUUCUGUAAUGGAAUCAACCGGCAAGGAUGUCCCAACCACUGCACCACACUUCGAAACACGUGUUGGGAAGAGGACUUGGAACGACCGAUCUAAGAGAGAGAGACGAGAUGACUCUUGA